AUGACGACUUCCAGAGAUUUCACGGGCAAAGUAGUGCUGAUCACCGGCUCGAGCAGUGGUAUCGGCGCCCAAACUGCCGUAGAGUUCGCCCGACUCGGGGCUCAUGUGGUGGUCACCGGUCGCAGGAAGGAUAGGGUGUGCGCUGUGGCUAAACAGUGCGCUGAGGCGUCGCCUACAGGUGUUAAAGCGCUGGAAGUAGUGGCCGAUGUCACCAACGAUGACGACUGUCGCCGAUUGGUGGCCGAUACUAUCAAGACAUUCAAAAAGUUGGACAUUUUAGUGAACAACGCCGCCUGGAAUAUGGCGCACAGUAUAUUGGACGGGGAUAUCCUCGACAAGUAUGAGCUCAUUAUGAACACAAACCUCCGAUCAGUGAUACGGUUGACUCACUUAUGUGUCGAGCAUUUGGCAAAAACUAAGGGUAAUAUCGUUAACAUUUCCAGCGCUUCGGCCUUUAAACCGAGCGAACCGUUGUAUUCAAUGUCAAAGGUGGCGCUCGAUAUGUUCACAAAGUGCGUAGCGCUCGAGUUGAGCCCCAAAGGCAUCCGGGCUAACGUAGUCAAUCCCGGUGUCGUGAACACUGAGGGCUUGAGACUCGGUCUACACGUGAAUAAAGAAAAAUCUGACCAAUUAUUGGAGGGGUUGGCGGAGAUGACUCCAUUGGGACGGGUGGCUGAGCCCAUGGAAGUGUCAAAAGCCGUGUUGUAUUUGACGUCCGAUGACGCGUCUUUUGUGACCGGAUCCAACUUCGUGGCCGAUGGGGGCAUACAAUACGUAUAA